AUGAAUAACGACGGUGCCUCUGCUCAGGACGCCCAGGAGCCCAGAGGCACGAUGUUCUAUGAUUUCGACUCCUAUUUUAACAAAGAGAUGAUUCUGCUGACUGUGCUGGGCAUUUCGGAGAUCAAGGACCUUGGUUUUAUUAAUGCACACUACGACGCCAACACCGGCCACCUGUAUACGGAUAGUGUCUCCGAAGUCUUUAUAAAAGAAAUGGAGGCAUCAUUUGGCAUGAAACACAGCUUUUACAGCGACUUUAGUCGGUUUAAUUUCAAGACGCGAGACAUGGCAACAGCAGAGGCCAACUUGGCCGAAUUAGAGGAGGCUGGCAAACAAUUUUCUCACUCAAGCUUGUGCGAUCUCACAUAUUCACCGUCGUCCAUCCAUUGUCUUGAGCUUUCAGGAAUUCUCCGCAGCCUCCAGCAAUUUCUAGACAUCUUCGAGUUCCCAAACAGUGGCAAUAAAUUUACAAUUCUGGUCAAAGAGGGCCAGGUAGAGAAGGUCAAGAAGGCCAUAGAAAAUAAUAGGAUAAACUUUGGUAGAAACAUACCAGUGGUGAGUGUCCUUCUGAACAAAGAUAGAGCAAAAUCAGCGUGGCGUUUUGUCAAGUUUCGUGUCUGCGUCAAGUACGGAUACAUCAAGAAGCUUGUGCCGCAGUUCAACAAGCUAUCACCUGUCCCAAUCCUGCUUAUAAGUCCUCCAGGAGACACAGACGAUUAG